GGCAUCGCCACGGCCACGACCAUCGCCAUCGCCACCGCUACCACCAACGACCAACCAUGAAAAUGGUGAGAGAGUGACACUGUCACUAACUGAACUUAACGGUUUAAUUAGUGACAACUCAAAGUUGGUUAUCGAAAACGCGGCAAUGAAAGAACAGUUGCAGCUGUCUAAAACUAUUGAAGAGCAAACUCAACGCGGGUUUGCUAUGGUGCAAGUACAGUUAGACAAAAUAUUCCAAAUAUUGCAACAAAAUAUUAAGACUGGCCAGACUGCACCUAUGACUGCUACAACUGUCGUGGACGAAGAAAUAGCUCUGGGAGACAUAACGUUCCCGAUCAAUGCUCUAAACGAGCUUGAGUUACUGGAGCGUCAUUUGUCGGAUGCCGCAUAUGAAAAAGUUUUGAUUAAACAUUUUUCUAAAGUGUGCGGCGAAAGUGGUCGUCUAAAAGUCGCAAAAAUUGGACUUGUGUUAAUAAAAGCAAUGAUAACUGACGAAUUGUUGACCAAUUUUACAUGGAAGGGUAUAAAACCAUCUCCAAAAAUUGCUUUCUACAAUUUUUUCAGAUUAAGAAAGUUAAUAUUUAGUAUAUUAAAACUAGCCGACCACAAUUGUGCAGCUCAGGAUGUGGACAAUUUUUUGCAAAACAGUGUCAUAAAGCACUGCACCCAGCGGAAUAAGCGCAAAUUAUCUAACCAAUUGCUACAAAAUUCAGAGGAAAAAAAGAAGGAAGAAGGUAAUGAAACACACAAAAAUUAG